AUGGAGGGCGAUACCGAGGAGACCAUGGAUUACGAUCUAAGUAGCAAUACAUUAGAUACACUUGCGAAGUUGCAUGCAAGACGAACAUGUGCAGGCGAGCUAGGAACCAUUCUGUUGGUUUGCGUGGGCGACGUUCCAUAUCUGCACAUGCUCAUCCUGCAGGGUCAUCCAAACGGAGGAGCAGCCGUCUACGUGAAGCUGCGCCAGCAGCCAUCAAUGAAAACGACGAAACAAUUGCAGCGUGAUUCUCCGCUUCCUGCAAAGCGCUCACGAGAAACCACUGAGGAGAUUACGACCACAACUACAAUUACCGUUGAUCCGAGUAGACAGAGGGCGUCACAGGCUAAAGUCACGAUCAGAAGAAGCAUGAACAGGAGCAUGUCGGCGAACGAUCUGUUGGCAAAUCAGGCGAAGACGCCAGCUGCUGCUCCAAGAACUCCAUUUGUUCCACGAACUACUAGCACAUUGGAACUACGGUCACAAAAGCGCCAUGCUGGAAGUCGACCUUGGACACAUGGUAUGCCGAUAGCAACUCGUCCUCAUAAUUUCCAGGCUCUAUCAACAUACUUCAAGAUCACUUCUUGUGAUGUGUGUCAUGGCGGUAUUAAUUUCGCUGCAAAGCCGGCGUAUAAGUGUCACGAUUGUCUCCAACUUGCUCAUGUAUCUUGCUCAUCGCGUCUUAUUUUGCCAUGUGUUCCACGUACUGCUGUUCUUCCGCGCACGCCGAACAAACGUGGACAGCAGUUUUAUCAUUUACAGGAGUUUUGCCCUUCAACGCCACCCAUGAUUGCAUAUCCUAUAAUCUACUGCGUGGUGGAUUUAGAAAAUCGUGGACUGAGUCGUGAAGGGCUGUAUCGUGUCCCAGGAAGGAAGGAUCAUUACAGCGUGCCACAUCCAGGUGGUCCGUCUUUCAAGUAUUGA